AUGGACCAGGUCACAAAUUUCCUCGAAUCCAUUAUAGCAGUGGAACAGCCCCCGUCAACGGAGUCUGCAGGCACCGAAAAUGCACCGCAAGCAAAAUUGACCCCAAAGUCGCUGCCGAAGAAGGUCAUCCGAAGAAGUUCGAGCUCCUAUUCGAUUACAGAACCAGAAAAACCCAAUGAUGUGUCCUCGUUCUGGUACUUGGAGGAUGACCACAAGAAAGUGGCCAAUCAGAUGACCGACCGGUUGAUCGAGCGUGUUCUCAAUGUGAUCAUUGACCCGCUGUUGGUGGGUCCUGGUUCCAAUGACACAAGAGUGGAGAUACAUAACACACGGCCGCCAUUCUCAAUCAAUUUGAUGACACUAAAUAGUAUCAAGUUUGCGCAACGCGUGUCGCCUGUUUUCGAGGCCAUUGACGAUGCAACGUAUAUGAUGUGCUGGAAAGACCCCUAUCUUACAGUAGGCGUUCUACUCAUGGCAACACUCGUGGUGCUCCGACCAUACUUGCUCACUGCUGUGCCUCCAUUCAUGCUCUUAAAGCAUUUCAUGGUUCCUCACUAUAUGAGGCUACAUACCCCAGACCCGCUGUUUGUAGAUGGCAAGUAUACAUGGCAAAACCCGAUUCCAUCGGAGGGCAGGCCACUAGAUAAAUUCGAGGCGCCAAAACCAGCGCCACAGCUAUCUCGCGAAUUUCUCAUGAAUUUCACAGAUAUGCAAAACCACUUGGUGCCUUACAUCCGCUUGUAUGAUGCGGCUGUGAGCUGGGGACAACACUAUUUCUUGUUCGAGGACUUUGAGUUGAGCAGCGUGGUAUAUCUUCUGUUGUGCGCUGUGAUUCUAGUCAACCUAUUCAUCGUGCCUCUGGCGCUUCCGCUUCUUCUCAAGGUAUUCCCUGCUAAGGCCAUGCUCAUAAUUUCAUUGUGGUCCGCGGCAAUCACACUCCAUCCAAAAGUAAGAGGAAAACUUCUAGAUUCGCUAUACACAGAAGAAGCACGACUCAGCCGUCUUAAUAAGACCGACAAGAUGGAAACCAAACUCAUGUCUGCGUUGGUUCCAGAAGAUCCAAACUCUCCGGUGGAUACCAAGGAGGUCGAGGUUUACGAGCUUCAUCGCCUAAGCGCAAAACACAUAUGGGAGCCAAUUGGAUUUACAAAUGAUUUCUUUGCGCUCAAUCAUCCGUUGCGAGCCAAGUCUGUUGACGCUGAUGGCAAAACUAUCCCAGCACCAGCAGUUAAAGUAGUCAAAUCCGACGACGAGGAAGAGAAAAUUGUCCUCCCGGAUAUUCCACGUAAGGCCACCAUCUUGGAGAUCAAAGCUCCACAAAACUGGACGUUCACCGAAUCAGACUGGCAGAUCGACUUUGAACCAUUGGAAUGGGUCAAGUCAAACUACAUCAUGGAUUUGGUCAAUGUUGACGCGGACGAAAAAUGGGUCUACGACUUUGUUGACGGAGACAAGCCACCGGAUGGAUUCACUUAUCGUCGUCGGCGUUGGGUGAGGCUGUGCCAACGGGAAACAGCAGCUCAAAAGAGAGCUCGCGAAGCAUUAAUUAUCGCCACCACCACCAAUUCGGACCGGUUCGGAAAAACCAUCGGGAAUCUUCUAGCAUAG